AGAAGUCAGAUUGCCUUUAUAUAUGUAUCCAUACCUAUAUAUAUAUAUAUCGUUAGUCUUCAGCAACUUUCAGAGUAUAAACGUUCGUUUCUUUAGCGGCUCGAGUGUUUUCAGUUAACAAUGAAAUUAUUAAUAUUUAUUGUAAGUUUAUCAAUAUUAUCACUGAAUGUCAAUGGUGAUGAUAAAGCCAAUGGACCUAAAGUUACAGAUAAGGUUCGGUUUCAUAUGAGAAUUGGAAAAGAAGACAUUGGAGUAAUAGAAAUUGGAUUAUUUGGAAAAACUGUCCCGAAAACUGUUGCCAAUUUCGUAGGUUUAGCAAAAGCACCUAAAGGCGAAGGUUUCAAAGGCAGUAAAUUCCACCGUGUCAUCGAAAACUUUAUGAUCCAAGGUGGUGACUUCACAAGAGGAGAUGGAACUGGAGGAAAAAGUAUCUAUGGUGAUCGUUUCGACGAUGAAAACUUUAAGCUUAAACAUUUUGGAGCCGGUUGGCUAUCAAUGGCUAACGCUGGUAAAAAUACCAAUGGUUCUCAAUUUUUCAUCACGACAAAGAAAACACCUUGGCUCGAUGGUAAACAUGUUGUUUUUGGCAAGGUUUUGAAAGGAAUGGACGUGGUGCGAAGAAUAGAAAAAACUCCAACAGGCCGAAAUGAUAAACCGGUUGAUGAUGUGGUUAUUGUAGAUUGUGAAGUAGUAGAAGUUCCAGAGCCAUUCUCUGUAACAAAGGAUGAUGCAGACCAAUAAGCGUAUUGCCUUUGCAAAAUUCUACUGUUAUUUUAAGAAGUGUGAUAAUUCACGAAAAUUUUGUCAAUUCUUAACUAGCAUAUAUUAAUGAAAAAAUUGAUUUAAUACAAUUAAAAUUUUCUACUUAAA